UAAAACUUUGGUGCGCCAGUUUUAUUUCAGAUAAUCGCGAGCUUUCAUUCAUGCAACCACGAAGUUUCAGUUGCCGCCUGUUUGCUAAUAUUUUUGACUAGCUAACAGGAUUGUGUAAGAAGUAAUGUUUUUUGGAACACGCGUGCGAAAAAAGAAAUCUCGCACUGAUGCACGCAUUUGCGUGCUUUUACACAUUGCUCUAUUAACGACGGUUCUAUUGGAUAGAUUUAAAACAAACACGCUCCAGCCCUCUUCCCUUUAAAAGAGCAGGGAUGUGUCAAUUGGCUGAAAGUUUACCAAUCGGUGUUGGCGAUGCUGCAGAGCGCCGUUGCCCGGGAGUGAGUGGAAGCGAGCUGGACUCUGCGAUCACGUCUAGAGGAGGCUACGCCAUUAGCACGCUGGAAUUCAUCUGCAGUGGUUAUAAAUACCUCAGUCCGUGGAAGAUUGCAAUAUGGUGGAUCGUGAGCAAGAUUACACCUUCAUAGGAGGCAGACCCCAAUGUGUUUCUGAUAUCGCUGCGGAGUUACGAAAUGAUUACUAUUCUAAGCUUCAGGAUGUCUUCUUGGGAACAGCGAAAGGAAACAAUCAAAAUACUCUACUAGUUCCACACAACAAUCGUAUGCUUUUGCAAAUCGGGCUUUUGAAAGAAGAAAACCAAGUGGCUUGGAAAUAUGUACAAGACUGGUUGGAAGCGCUGUUCCCAAAAUACAGAUCUGCACGUUUACGGAGUCUGAUUGAAAAGGCAAGCGUAAGUGCACUGAGGUUAAAUGCAGAAGAGAGAGCAAUGUUUCUAGAGGAAGAAGUCAAUCUGGAGUAUGUUGGUCCGGUGUGUGACAGUCUUGGCAUUCGAAGAACUGAUCUGUUGGAAUGCACUGACCUUUCAGAAAAAAUCCCACCUGGAGAUCCUGUCACGAAUGCUCUUCUGUUGGAAUGGGACAGCUUUGUUCGAAAAGAGAAGAUUGAUCCAUCAGUUAUAGUGACCUGGUUGAAAAACUUCCACUCCCAGUUUUGCAGUGAUGGCAAUACUCACAAAGCAUAUAAAACCCUGCAACUACAAAUCCAAAAAAUUAAGCUUGAUUAUCGAAUGCAUCAAAAAAAUAAAUAUAAAAAAAACAGUCUGUUCAGUGACUUUCUUCAGGCUGAAUUCAUUCCGAUUCCCAGUGCAUCAGAGGGUGGUGUGAUAGAUGGGAAACUGUGGAAUGGAGGUCUCAAGAAGAAGAAUUUUGGCUCAAAGUGGAUUGCAAACAAAAUGCGAUCAAGAAAAAUCAGAAAUUCGGAACUUGCAAAUGGCAUAGCUGAUAAAACCUACAAUCCUCCAAAUCUGCAUGUUAGGGGAACAGAGUUGUACCAGAAUCGGAGUGAAAUCUUGUCACAUCACAAAACAGAACAGAACCUUAAGAGUCAAUCGAUAUCGGGUCAGUACCCAUAUCUGACAACCAAGCCCAUUCCACAGUCAAGCCCCUGGGCUUCACAGCCAAAUGGCGCAUAUUGUAAUGAUGCUUUUGACCAGCACACAAGCGUGGAAUCUAAGGAAUCGGUCAAUGUGAUUCACUGUAGUGAAGCUAAAGAGCAGGCCUUGACACUACUGGAUGUUUCUAUCCUUGCUUUUCAAAAGCUGUCAGGUGUGUACGGCACAGAAACGGAGCUCUCCAAUCAGGUUUUCAAAGAACUGCUGAGAAAGCACUUUGUCCUGAUGUCUGAUUAUACCAAUGUUAUGAAAACCUUUAAUGACAGAGUCAGUCUGUGCCAACAAGGUCAACCUGGCAUCCCUUCACCUUUGCACUUCUUAGGGUGCAAUGCCCACUAUCUUCUUGGGCUGAGUCAUGCAGCUGAAAAAGAAACUCUGUCUUUUGAAAAUGAAAUCUUGGCUGUUACUGGGGAGAAAUUGGGCCGUGACAAGAAUCUAAAGUUUACAAAUUUCUUGAACUUUUCAGAGAGUGCUUCUGCACGUUACAUCCGUAUGGCUUGUGAUGUUUUGAACCCUCGUGGCGAAGAAAAGUUUGGAUGCAGAAAGGAGUGGCUUGCAUUCUGCGAGGCCAAUGGCAAGGCUUCCAAAGUACCAAGCGGUCGAUCAAAUCGGUUUAAUAGCUUCUUUGAAGGAGCUGCUGCUCUCAUUCAUCAUCACGUGGAUAUUGUUGCUUUCUUCUCUGAUGAGCAUGUGUUAAAGAGACUGAAUGUGGUACAGGAAAGUGUCCGUGAUGAUGUGCAAGAUCCCAUACUUCAAGCUCUUGUUUGUGUUUUUGCUGUUAUCUAUCAUCAGGUCAUAGGUCCAUACUGGCAAUUCCUGAAAAGUAAUACAGAAUACCUUGACUUCCACAAAUACAUCCAGCGUCUUCACCAAAAGCUCAACGAAUGGUCCUUAGAUGCUACACCUCUCCUCUUGCCAGAACUCGGUGACACAAACAUAUUCCACCAGUUUCUUCUUCAUGAGGGGAGCUUUGAUGGCUUGUUUUCAUAUUGUAACCCUGACAAUCCGUACUUCACCCUCAUCAAGAAGGCACUGGAACAAAUCAUGAAGUCAUUUGUUGCCGUGACUCGGAGAGAGCUUUCAGAUUUCUUGCCAGGAGGGGUUCACAGUAAAGAGCCCAUGCCAGAACUUCGUGCAAAAAUGAGAAACUGUCAGCUUGCACAGUUGAUGGGUGAAUACCCCUUUGGACACACUUACACUGACAAGUACAGAAAGCCCAACAAUUCUUUAAAUGACCAAGGACCUUUGCACAGUCCAUCUCGUACCUCCGGUCAGACAGGAAGACACAAGAAGCGAAUGCAACUGAGCAGCAGAGAGAUGAAUCCAAUGCAGGAAAAACAGCUACUGGAUAUCUCAAACAAGACAAAAAUUAUAGCUGCAGUGGUGAGAAACGGAGGACCUUGCAAAACUAAAAGAGAUGUUGAUUACCUUUUGUCUACCCUGGAAGGGGCCAGUCACUCAAAGAAACGUGAGGCAAUCAGACUGCAGAUUAGUUACCAGAAAAUUGUUCUUGGCUUAAAAAACAAAAACUUAACCCAUAUAGGGUUUUCUCUGAAAGACAUGGUGGAUAAACUCAAGUCGGUCUUGGCAGAAGAGAAGUGCCCACAGAUCCCUGUUCACGGCAAUAGACCAGCGUUUAGCCACGAUGCCCAUGCAGGACCAAGCCAGCGACCGUGUGAGGCAGCCCCUUCCAGUGGAAUGAGAAGUGCAGCCCAGCAUCCUUUAGAACAUUGCCAUUUUGAAAACCUUGACAAACACGACAUGAAAAUGUGUUCUGAAUUGCCCAAAAUCGAAAUUCAGUCUUUUGUGUAUAUAGAUUAAUGUCCUUAAUGCGUUGCAUUGACUUGUGUACGUCAGGCAUUUGGAAAAUGUUCAUAGCAGUUUCUUUCACUAGCUGUGAAAGAAUGUGCAGACAGUUACAAAUCUAACUAAUAACUUUUUUAAAUUUUAAAAUGAGCAAUUAUUUCUUUUCCCCCAAUUUAGAAUGUCCAAUUUGCUGUUUUUUCUCCUCACCACAUCGCGGUCCCCACAGAGCGCAGACAUUCAGAAGGCGUGUGAACCUCCUACAAUCUCAGAAGCCUAAAGCCUGAAUUGCUUGCUUUUACGCUGAGCAAUCCAGAGCAGAGGUGGAGUGGGGCUACCGAUCCCGGAGAACAGAGAGCAGCCCUGCUUAUCUACUCUGAGUGUGCUCGGUGUCUGGCCCCAGCAGUUCUCUUUUAAACAUGAAACCAACGACCGUUGUGUUUUCUUCAUAGUGCAUGCAUAAAACAGGAAUACUCCUAUUUAGCUGCCUUUUAUAGUGUAUGUGUGUAGCUUUAUAGUAAACCAUCCUGAGUCGUGUCUGCUGAGGACUUCUGUAGCCUUCCAGUCAUGAUUGAAUAAUAGAGCCUACUGGAUACAAACAAAUUCUGGAGGCAGUACUAAGUAAGCAUGAUAGUGUGAAAACCAGUUGUAUUUCAUGAUCUGCAGUAAUGAGGAAAUAUUCUGGGCUUGUUUACACUAACUGGGAUUUCAGAAAUGUUUAGUCCUAUUACCUUAAAGCAUUAAUAUUCAUGCACGUGUCACAUGACUAAGUAUUAUGUACUGUACUUAAUACCCACUCUUGGAUGUUCCAAGCAUACCUGCAGUUUAGAUUUAUUUUUGGAUACAAACUUUUCAAUUUUCUUUAAUAAAACAGGUUCUUAAUGCGGCUUGACAUUGGAGAUGUAGUUUACAGUAUCUUGGUUGGAAAUCAUGUACUUUUUUUAUAUGACAGUUUAAUUGUAAAUA